UUUAAUGACCUCUGUUGAAAAAGAUGAAAGACAACAAACACAAACAUCAGGAAAACAUAAAUCGGGUGCAAAACUUGUUGAAAUUCCAAAUAAAGACGAUAUUCGUUCUCAGAAGUCAGAAGCUAGCAAGUCAACAGCUUUCGUUGUGAACCUAUCGGAUGAAGCCUCUACACAGCCACAAGCAGCUCAAUCUUUGUCACCACAUAUAUCUUCUAGUGAGUCUUAUAAACAGCAAACGAAAAAGAAAAUGACCACUAAAAUGUCCAAAAAAACAAAUGAGAAAGAAAAUGGAAAAGGUCCUCAAAACUGGGAAAUAUGAAAUGAAAGUUGGCAGACUCAUCUUCUGGGACUUUGGUGGACAGUAUGUCUAUUAUACAACACACCAGACAUUCAUGACUUUCAGAGCGUUGUUUCUAGUAGUUUUUGAUGGAAGUAAAGGAUUGAAAGAAGAAAUACCUGAUGUACUGUGUUUUCCAGGGCAGCACAUGACACCAACCCCAGCAGUCUUUUUAUUGCACUGGGUGAACUCAAUCCUGACCUAUUGUAAGGUGGUGUAUGCUGGUAUUCCUAAGAUAUUGUUUGUUGCUACCCAUAAGGACAAGGUACCAGCGGAGAAUGUGGAAACCAGACGUGCACUAUUGUACAGCGAAGUAGAGGAAUUAUUUAAGGACCACGAAGGAAGAAAUCAUCUUGUCCUUGACAAACAAAUAUUUGUAAAUGCAACUGAUAAAGAUGAUCAAGAAAUUGAAUCCCUGAAGAAAGCCAUCACUGAGCUUACUUUCGAUCAUCCAUGUUGGGGGGAGGACAUGCCGAAUGCUUGUGUCCCCCUUGAACUGGAGAUUGCUGAAAUGGUAGCUGCAGGAAAGCAAAUAUUGUCAUUGGUAGAACUUGAAGAAUUAAAUUCAAUCAGCAAGGUGUCCGUUCUGGAUUUAGAACAACUUAAUGACUUCCUACACUUCCAACAUUCUCUUGGGAAGCUAAUCUACAUUGAUACUCUUCAGCUCCGGGAUUAUGUUAUAAUUAACCCACUUCUCAUGGUGGAGGUUAUGAGAUCAUUUGUAACAGACAUAGGGUUUUGGCCAAAGAAAAGAAGAAUGCAAGUAAUUUUCAGUAGAAUGUCAGAAAGUGGUAUCAUAUGCCGAGAAGACCUUUAUCAGAUUUGGGAACAAAAGGACUUCCGUCCAAUUUUACGAUACAAAGAGUUUAUAUUCAAUAUCCUCAUUCAUUUGGAUAUUUUGGCAGAGCAACGGAGAUAUGACACAGCAACUGGCAGUCGGUUACCAGUAGAGAACUUCUUUGUUCCCUGUAUGGUCACACAAAGAAAUACCACCAGUUUCAUGAACACAGAAUGUACACCAGAGAAAGCAAUAUGUCUAGCCUUUGUUUUUAAAGGAACUGUCAUACCACCAGCUUUGCCCAAUCGUCUAAUUAGUGCAUGUUUGAGCAUGUGGACUUUGAAGCAGUAUGAAGGGAGGAAACUCCUCUUUUCAGGAUUUAUUGUAGUCUCCUUUGACAAGGCACAUGAUAUUUUAGUAUGUGUUGAAGGCAACAAAAUUCUUCUUUACAUAGUCCAUAAAACCGCCGCUGGAUUGAUAGUACCAGAUAUAGCUACUGGAGUUAAGGAAUGUUUGGUUACAACAAUGGAGAGAAUAUCAGAUUUCUAUCAGUCCACAAUCAAUGUCAAACACAGCCAACAAUCACCUUUCCAUAUUGAAUAUUCAUGUUCAAAUCUGAAAUGCCUCAUCAGUGAAAAAGAAGCUUUGCAGACCAACGAAUGGGUUUGUGACGAACAUAAACAAACACACAGAGCAGGACACUUCGCUGUUUGGAAUCAAGAUAAGGAAAAAGAACAAGAACAGUGUGAACAGAACUGUCAAGGUUUAGGAGAUGAUGCUUUGAAUCAAAUUCCAAGUGAUGUUGAGCUUCAACGAUUCUCAUCAGGUUGUGACGAAUCCACAAUACAAAAGUUGGCCAUACAUCUUGGUAUGACUUUGAAGGAAUGGGAGAAACUCGUGACUGAUUAUCGUUGGAUUGAUAUUGUUAAGUAUAGAAUACUAGUCAACUGGCGGGAAAAAAACUCAGGAAGAUUCCGCAACCUAGCAAAAGCUUUAACAGAUAUGGAUGUAUCAACUCAUUACCUUUGUCAGGUUAAAAGAAUAAGAAAAGGAGAGUACGAUAUCAGCGAGGAAUACCUGGAUUUGAUUCCAACCGAUGAAAUACUAGAUGAACUGGCACAAGUAAUAGGAGUUGUAUCGUUCCAACUGGGUAUAGAAUUAGAAUUACCAAUAACAUCAUUAGAUAUUAUACAGUAUAACAAUGAUCGGAACUUAGUGGCACAAUGUAAAGACAUUUUAUAUGAAUGGAGAGAGCAGGGAGUCAGGCCAACCAUAGGUGUUCUCGUCAAUGCUUUGGUAAAUGUUGGGAGAGGUACUAAGUGUUUGGAGGAGAUCAUCAAAAGUAAAGGAGUGAAGAAAUAUAUUUCACAAGAAAAGGUUGAAGAGGAGAAACAAGGAAAGUUAAAGACAUUAAUGAAAAAAAUGAAUCCUUUUCAGAAGAAGAAAUAGUACUAAAACUAUUCAGUCAAUAUGAUUUAAUAUUGAUGUAUGUCAUACCGUUGCAUGUUUGUGUGUUGUUUCAGGGAACAAUUGUUAUCGUUUUUGGUGGGGUCUUAAUGUAAAUAAUGUUAACAUUCAUCAGCACGAAAUCAAGAAACAAAACAUGGUUAUUAAGCAUGUUAAGACAGUACAUAGCAAAUUUACAUAACAGUAGUGUAGCCUUAUAAAUUCAGGAUAGCGACGCAGGCUCAUUAGCUCCCCUAGUUCAUACAAAUAUCAAAAAUAAUAAAAGAAAUAUAACAUUGUUAACAAGACUGUACAUAGAGAAUUCAUAUAACAAUAGUGUAGCAUAUAAAUCCAGGUGAGCCCAAGUUUCUCCACAGGUUUAUAUGAGUUCAUGUCACCUAUAUAGCUGUUCAUCCACAGACUUAAUGGAGUUCAUAUUACUUGUGGAACAGUUAGUUCUGACACAGGUAAUAGGGAGUUCAUAUAACUUAUGGAACAGCUAGUUCGUCAGUUUUUUUGGAGUUCAUGUUCAUCUUCUAAUUUAAGGGAAUUCAUUUCAUUAGUGGAAUAUCUAGUUUCUCCUCGGAUCUUAGGGAGUUCAUGUCACAAGUGAAGCAGUUAGUUUCUCUGCAGGUUUAAUGGAUUUUAUGUCAAAAGCUAAGCAGAUAGUUCCUCCACAGAUUUAGGGAGUUCAUACCGUAUAGCGGGUUAUUUUCGCGGGUGUAAAAUUUCGCGAUUUUCAUUGAAUAAGGUACUAUACGAAAAAUUUUGGCGGUUAUUAUUUUGGCGGAUUCAAUAUUUUUAACAUUACCUUUGCAUGUACACUUUUAAAAAUGCGUAAUUUAUUUUGGCGAUUUUGUUCUAUCCGCGAAAAUAAGCGAAAAUUUACACCCCGCGAAAAUAACCCGUUAUACGGUAUCACUAGUGGAGCAGCUGGUCCUUCACAGGUUUAAUGAAGUUCCUGUUCCAAAUGGAGCAUCUAGUUUCUCUACUGGUUUUAGGGAGUUACAUACCUGUCAACCUCUGAAUUUGAAAAUGAUCAUAACGCGUAUGAACUUUUUUCGGUCCAAUUUUAUUAUUCAGUUUACGUCACUUAUGGGGCAGCUGGUUCCGCCAAUGGUUUUAGGAAGUUCAUGCACUAGUGAAGCAGCUAAUUCCUCCAAAGGUUUUGGGUAGUUUAUGUCACUAGUGAAGCAGCUAGUUCCUCCACAUGUUUAACGGAUUUCCUGUCACAAGUAGAGCAGAUAGUUCGUCCACUGGUUUAAAAGAAUUCAUGUUACAAGUACAGCAGCUACUUCCACUUGAUUUAAAACUGUGCAUGUCCUUAGUGCAGCAGCUUGUUCCUGCACAGGGUUAACAGAUUUUCUGUCACAAGUUGAGCAGCUAGUUACUCCUUUGAUUUAAUGGAGGUCAUGUCACUUGUGGAGCAGCUAGUUCUUCAACUGGUUUAAGGGAGUACAUGUCAAUAUGCAAUCGGCUAGUUCAUCCACAGGUUUAAGGGAGUGCAUACUGCUAGUGGUGCAGCUAGUUCCUCAACUUGUUUUAGGGAGUUUAUGUCACUAGAGGAGGAGCAAGUUUCUCUUUUGAUUUAAAAAGUUCGUGUCCAUAGAGAAGCAGCUAGUUUCUCCACAAGUUUAGUAGUGUUUAUGUCAAAAGUGGGACAGCUUGUUCAUCUGCUGUCUUGAGGGAGUACAUGUUAAGAGUGAGGCAGCUGGUAUCUCCUAUGCACUUACGGAGUCCAUGUCACUUGUGGAAGAGCUAGUUAUUUCUCGUAAUUUAGGGAGUUCAUAUCACUUGUAGAGCAGCUAGUUACUCCUCUGAUUUCAGUGACAUGACCUCACUUGUGGAGCAGCUAGUUACUCCUCUGAUUUUUGGGAGUCCAUAUCACUUGUGGAGCAGCUAGUUACUUCUCUGAUCUUAGAGAAUCCAUGUCACUUGUGGAAUAACUAAAUACUCCUCUGAUUUUAAGGAGAUCAUAUCACUUGUGGAGCAGCUAGUUACUCCUCUGAUUUUUUGGGAAUCCAUGUCACUUGUCAAGCAACUAAUUGACAAGUGACAAUUUAAUUUUAAUUUCUAAUUUUAGGGAGUUCAUAUCACUUGUGGAGCAGCAAUCUACUUCUCUGAUUUUAGGGAGUUCAUUUUACUUGUGGAGCAGUUAGUUCCAACUCUGGUUUAAGGGAGAUCAUGUCACUUGUGGAGAAGCUAGUUCCUGCUCUGAUUUUAUGAUCAUAUCACUUGUGGAGCAGCUAGUUACUCCUCUGAUUUAAGGGAGUUGAUAUCAAUUGCGGAGAAUAUAAUUACAUAUCUGAUUUUAAGGAGAUCAUAUCCUGGUAGAGCAUAUAGUUUCUCCUCUGAAUUUAGAGAGAUAAUAUCACUUGUGGAACAGCUAGUUACUCCUCUGAUUUUAGAAAGAUCAUAUCACUUGUGGAGCAGUUAGUUACUCCUCUGAUUUUAGGGAGUUCAUGUCCUCGUGGAGCAGCUAUUUACUCCUCUGAUUAUUUGGGAAUCCAUGUCUCUUGUCGAGCAUCUAGUUACUAUUCUGAUUUUAGGGAGUUCAUAUCACUUGUGGAGCAGUAAGUUACUUUCUGAUUUUAGGGAGUUCAUUUUACUUGUGGAGAAGCUAGUUCCUGCUCUGAUUUUAGGAAGAUCAUAUCACUUGUGGAGCAGCUAGUUACUCCUCUGAUUUAAGGGAGAUCAUGUCACUUGUGGAGAAGCUAGUUCCUGCUCUGAUUUUAGGAAGAUCAUAGCACUUGUGGAGCAGUUAGUUACUCCUCUGAUUUAAGGGAGUUGAUAUUAAUUGAUGAGAAUAUAAUUACAUGUCUGAUUUUUUAGAGAUCAUAUCCUGGUAGAGCAGCUAAUUUCUCCUCUGAAUUUAGAGAAAUAGUAUCACUUGUGGAGCAGCUAGUUACUCCUCUGAUUUAGGGAGUUCAUGUCCCGGUGGAGCAGCUAAUUCCCCCUCUUAUUUCAGGGUGUUCAAGUCAUGAUGGAGCAGCAUGUUUCCAAUCUCUUGUUUCUCCUCUGAUUUCAUUUUAUUUGUUAAUUCCAUCAUUGUUGUAGAUUGCUCACAUAUUUAUAAUCAUCUCAUUUCUGACUAAUUGUGUCAUUAAAAUAAAAACAUGU